AUGACUGGUGCGAUCUUCGCCGGUGAACAGUCCCAGUGGAAGGAUCCGCGUUGGAAGAACGGUAACUGGGACCUCGACAUGUUCAAGAACGCAGCUGGCGAAGUUGACUGGGAUGCCGUGAUCGACGCAGAAGUCGUGCACCGCAAGAUGUUGGAGGACAACCCGGCCGUCUAUGAUGAAGACGGUCUCUUCGAUACCUCCAUUGUGCCGUGGCAAGUGUGGAUGCGCCGAUUCCAUCUUCCGGAGGCGGAGAAGGCGAACGGCCGCGCCGCCAUGGUUGGCUACGCGUUUGCGUACCUCAUUGACGCCGCCGGCGGCGCCGGUCUCGUUGACUUGCACAACUCCUUCUUGGGCAAGACUGCCAUUUUCGCUACCAUCCUUUUCGUCACCCUCGUCCGAUCUCUCAAGGACAUUGACAACCUCAAGGAUCUCGCGGCUGAAGCUACUUUCUACGAUAAGCAGUGGAAUGCGUCCUGGGAAGGUGUCGACCGUCCGUCUGAAUCGCAGAAGUAA